AUGGGAACACGAAUUAGGGUAUCCUAUUAUGAUCUUUUGCAUGGAACAGAUGGAUUUGAUGAGAGUAACCUUCUUGGCUUUGGAUAUUAUGGAUCAGUAUACAAAGCAACUCUUCCAAAUGGAAUGAUAGUUGCUGUUAAAGUAUUUUGCUCAAACUUGGAUGAAGCAUUAUUGAGUUUUGAUAUUGAGUGUGUUGUAGCAUGCAAUUUACGACACCGCAAUCUUGUUAAGAUUAUUACUAGCUGCUCAAAUGGUUAUUUUAAGUGUCUAAUAAUGGAGUUCAUGUCAAAUGGGAAUCUAGAUAGAUGGUUAUACUCUCAUAACAACUGUUUAGAUAUCCUAAAAAGGUUGAAUAUAUUGAUUGAUGUGGCAGUUGCAUUAGAAUAUCUUCAUUAUGGUUCUUCUACACCAGUUGUCCAUUGUGAUCUAAAACCGAGCAAUGUCUUGUUAGAUGAAAAUAUGGUGGCUCAUCUUACUGAUUUUGGUGUAGCUAAAUUGGUGGGUGAAGAACACUUGAAAAUUUAUACAAAAACUUUGGCCACAAUUGGUUAUAUGGCACCAGAGUAUGGAUCAGAAGGAGCUAUUUCCAUUAAAGGAGAUGUGUACAGCUAUGGCUACAAUGGUUUGUAUCCGGUUAAUCUUGUUGGUAUCAAAGCUAAGGAUGACUUAAGAUGGGUUUGUCCUUGGAAUAAAGGGCUAAUUGAGUGUUUGGUGAAAAGAAUCAUCAUAGAUUGGAUUCCAAGACAUUGUAACUUGGUCGCUGAUUGGUUUGCUCAUGUAGCUCUGAGAGAAAAGUGCUUGAAAAACCAGGUUUUACAACCCCCUUCUCCUUUGCCAAAAAUCCUAGUUGAUGAUGCUCAUAUGGUUGGGAAUCUUGUUACCUGA